AUCACUGGCUGUCAUAACUCCGAGUUUAAUACUCUCUCUGUACUCGACCUGUGACAUUCUAGGAGUAGACAUUCAACAGCUCUCCAGAGACCAGAUCUGUAAUAAUGGAGAAAAAUCCCAAUCCCCCUCCAUAUCCUAGUUCUAACCCAGUACCCUACCCUGCACAACCAGUUACAUACCAACCGCAACCAGGCCCAGUACCAGUAGUUUAUCCUCCUCAACCCACUCAGAACAUUCCAAUGACUUCCGCCGCUGCAGCUCCAGUAAUUCUUCCUACUUCAGCACCUGCACCAGCCAUGCAGGUAGUGAUGGUGUCACCGGCCCCACGUCUAGCUGACGUCCCGGGACAGAUGAAAUGUCCUCACUGCCAGCAGCAGAUUGUCACAGAGACCACGUAUGUCAAUGGCCUGCUUACCUGGAGCAUCUGUGGAGUUCUGGGCAUUCUAAUGAUCUGGCCAUGUUGUGUGAUUCCAUUCUUUGUGGAUGCCUGCAAAGAUGUAGAACACCGCUGCCCAAACUGCAAGAAUGUCCUCCACCUGUACAAACGCAUGUAAUUCGCUCUGACUAAUCUUUGGCUAUAACAUUAGGAGAUUUGGACAGAGUUUAGUUUUAGCCUUUCUUACACAUAUAUACAAACCUAAUGUGGACAUAUAAGAUCUGUUUGUUGUUGAUAUAUACGUAGCUUUUUGUCAAAUUUGUGUUUUAAAUUUAAAGAUCUUUACUUUCUUUCAUAUUCCUUGUUUCUUUCAAUAAAUAAUUGUUUUACUCUAAAA